UUCAAUUGUUAGUCAGCAGUCUCUCUGUCGGCUCCCGAAGCCACCGAAACCCACAUCAAUCCUUCAGUAACCUGGCGAAGAUCCAGUCUUGGAAUCAGCGCGAAUCAUGUCGAGAUCUCAGCGCGAAUCGCAUAUAAAUAAAAAGAUCGCAUCCCAUAGCUAACAAACCAUGAAAAACCAAUAAUGCUUACCCGCUUAACAGUCUGCACGCCCCUACGUUUCCUAACAUCGAGUCUGUAUCUCUCCAGCAUCCGCGCGCCGAUUUUCCAACGCACCAUGUCCACUUCGUCUGCAUUCAAACUCGACCCCUCCCUCUUCAACCGCACACUCUACGAUCGCGUGAUAUCAACAUGGUUCCCCGGCGUUGACACAAGCGGGCAGGAGCUCGACAUGAGCGUCGUGAAGCGCUGGUUCAUGGCGACCCCCGCCGAACGAGUCGCAUUCGACACACAAUGUCGCGAGGCCUUUUCCCCCGCACUGGAAGCUAUUGGCCCCAACAAAUACCCCGAUGCAACCGCGCACCCGUUCUUGGACGAAUUGCGCCGUAUUGCUGAGCGAAGCGGGGAUGCGAAUAGCGAGGAAGCGGUGUGGACGGCACUUAGUAUGACGCUGCUGCUCGACCAGAUACCGCGGAAUAUAUACCGUACGAAUUCCGGGCUGCGAUUCGUAUACAACCACUAUGAUCAUAUGGCGAUGCAUCUAGUCCGUACACUCUUAUCGUCCGAGUCGCCCAUCCCGCGCCCGGAUUUACAUCCUGUUUUCCGCCUCUCGUCGCCGCAUAGGAUGUGGUUCUACAUGCCGCUUAUCCACUCUGAAGAUGUGGCUGAUCACGAUCUUGUAAGCGGCAUUGUGUAUGAGCUUGAGAAGGAGUUAGCAAGUUUAGAGGGAUACAAAGGCACGAAGAUGUUCAUUGAGGGAUAUAGCAAGUCAGCUAGUGAACACAGAGAUAUACUGGACAGGUUUGGUAGGUAUCCGCAUCGGAAUGGGGCGUUAGGGAGGGAGAGUACGGAGGAAGAGAAGCGUUUCUUGGAAGAGGGAGGAGCUACGUUUGGGGUUGCGCAGGAGAAGAAGGAAGCUGCGUUGUAGAAUACUAGUUGAGUGUGAACACAGUCUUGGGGAUAUAGAGUAUCAUUGCGUUAGUGAAACAUUCUCAAGUCA